AUGAAAAGGAAAAAAAAGGCAAAGGAUAACGAAAUUGCCGAAAGUAGAUUGACAAAAAAUCAGACAAUUGACAAAGAAUUUCAAAUGCGAAUCAAGAAACAGACAAAUCAUUGGAAACAAGUGAUGCUUAGAAUUAUUGCUGUUGUGAAAUGUCUUGCCAUACAUAAUUUAGCAUUUCGUGGAACAAAUGAAAGACCUUAUGAAGACUCUAAUGGCAACUUCUUAGGUUUACUUGAAAUGAUUGCAGAGUUUGAUCCAAUAAUGCAAGAGCAUUUUCGACUCAUUGAGAAUAAAGAGAUUCAUCAUCACUAUUUGAGCCAUAAAAUUCAAAAUGAGUUGAUAGCUACUUUAGCUUCAAAAGUCAAAACCGCAAUCAUUAAAAAAGUCAAAGAAGCCAAAUUUUUUUCUGUCAUUCUUGAUUGUACUCCUGAUGCAAGUCAUGUGGAACAGAUGACUUUAAUUUUGAGAUGUGUUGACUUGUCAAGUAGGUCAAUAAAUAUAAGGGAGUAUUUCAUGGAGUUUUUAAGUGUAGAAGAUACAUCAGGAUUAGGACUUUUUAAUGAGUUGCAAGAUGUCCUAAAGUCUCUUGAUCUUGAUAUUGAUAAUGUGAGAGGACAAGGUUAUGAUAAUGGAUCUAACAUGAGAGGGAAACACCAAGGUGUCCAGAAAAGAUUGCUAGACAUAAAUCCCAGAGCUUUUUACAUGCCAUGUGGUUCUCAUUGUCUUAAUUUAAUAGUUUGUGAUAUGGCAAGUUCAUGUCUUAAAGCAAAAUCUUUUUUUGGAGCGUGUCAAUGCAUAUAUACAGUGUUUUCCAACUCUACAAAGCGUUGGAAUAUUUUGCUUGAACAUAUUGAUGGUUUAACUUUGAAGUCAUUGUCAACUACUCGAUGGGAAAGUCACAUUGAAAGUGUUAAAGCGAUUAAGUCCCAAGUAGCCCAGGUUAGAAAUGCUUUGUUUCAAUUGGUGGAAAUUACUGAAAAUCCCCAAUUGAGUAGGGAUGCAGAAUGUUUAGCAUCAGGAGAACUUUCAAGUUUUGAUUUUGUAUUAAGUUUGGUUAUUUGGUAUGACAUUUUGUUGAAGAUUAACAUGGUGAGUACAAAAUUACAAUCUGAAGACAUGCGUCUUGAUGUUGCUGUAAAGGCAUUGGAAUCACUUGUUAUGUUUUUCGAAAACUAUAGAGAAACUGGUUUUGCUUCUGCCAUGAGUGAUGCUAAAGAAAUUGCACUUGAUUCAGAAAUUGACCCUGUUUUUCAAACUAAACGUCAUAGACCUAGAAAAAGACAUGAUGAAGUUGAUGGUAAUGAGAGGGAACAACAGUCUGCUGAAGAAUCAUUUAGAACAGAUUAUUUUCUUGUUAUAGUGGAUAUUGCUCUUUCUCAACUGAAACACAGGUUUGAACAGUUAAAGGCUUUUGAAUAUAUUUUUGGCUUCUUGUUUGAUGCAUCGAAGUUAAUUUCAUUGGAUGAUCAAGAGUUAAAACAAAAUUGUAUGAAUCUUGAAGCACAUUUGAAACAUGGAAAUACCAUGGAUGUAGAUGGAGCCGACUUAUGUUCCGAAUUACAGGUUUUGCAAAUGAUGUUACCUGAAAAAUCAUUUCUCUCUAAUAACCCUUGGACAUCCAUGGAAAUAGCAAACUUUGUCAAAGAAAUUGACAUGUGUCCUAAUGUCUUGAUUGCUUAUCGUGUAAUGUUGACUGUACCUAUGACUGUGGCAUCUGCAGAAAGAAGUUUUUCAAAAUUGAAAUUAUUAAAAUCUUAUUUGAGGACCACUAUGACUCAAGAUAGGCUAAAUGGAUUAGCAAUCUUAUGCAUUGAAAAGGAUGAGAUUGAAGACUUGGAGUAUGAUGAUAUAAUUGAUGAUUUUGCUUCAAAAAAUACUAGAAGACAAUUUCUUAAAGGUUGA